AUGACCAUGCUGGCCAGCUCCACCGCAGACGAGAAAAGCCUGGAAGAGGCCCAUAUUAGCCGCCUGGAAGAGGCUCGCAUGCUAGUGCGGGCGAGACGCCAGGAGGCAAAGGCGCGGCAGGCCGCGAUGGCCGCAGCGGCCGUCGAGACUGCACCCGCGGCGAGAGGCGGCGGCAGUAGCAGCUCCACUGCGGCCAAGGAUCCAGCAACUCCUGCGAAACCAACGCGCCCUGGCUCGGGGGUUGGUAGCAGUGCCCCUAUUAGUUCUAGAACUUCGGAUGUCGAUGUUGCAUCUGGCAGCAAGAAAUCGUCGAGCCGCUUCCGCAGCAGCAGCGGCGCAAUCAGCAGCAACAGCCGUGGUACACGGGGUGGGUAUUACCCUCGAGCGCGGCCGGGCGCGGAGAGUAGAGGAGCUAGAGGACCAGGAGGAAGAGGGGCCGGAGUUAAACGUCGCAGAGUCCUGCCAGACUUCACAAAGGUUACGAAGGCUACCGCUGUUCCUGUGCUUGCUGCUGCCGGCGACGAAGAUGACACGGGGCUGGUGGCGGCGAUACGGGCGACUCUGGACCAAACCAGGGCGCAACUGGCUGGGCGCAAGCCUUCUACGUCAGCGGCAGCGGGAGGGGUGCUUCCUUCGCUCACACACGGCGCCAAGCAGCAGGGCUGGCUGCGUGUGAUCGGUCUCAUCCGCCGAGCGUGCGGAGGGGCCGAAGAAAGCGAUCGUGGAAGCAGCGGCGGACCGAAGGGCGCUGCCACCGGCGGUGUCGAAAGCAGCGAGGUGCCUCCUCCUCCACCACCUCCUCGGGUUGCGUUUGAGCUGGCCCUUGAGGUCUGCGUCCUGUGCGAGAGGCCGGAUGCAGGGUUGGAGGUGCUGAGUCUCAUGCGCUCGGCGGGGUUGCAGGCGAAUUUGGAGGACUUCAAGACUGUGCUCAAGGGCUACAGCGCCAACAGAAAGCAGGGCAAGGCUCUCUUCACCGUUCAGACUAUGUCGUCGGUGCAGCAGGCCGGGCUGGUACCGGACAUCGAGAUGCUGUCUGCCGCAAUGGACGCGUGCUCCAAGGCCAGGGACACCGAGGGGGCGGUGCACUUUAUGGACCAGGCCAUUAGGCUCGGGCUCAAGCCGGACGACACCAUGUUCCGCGAGGCCAUCCUCGCCUAUAGUCUUGCCGGAAAGUGGGUCGAAGCCCGCGAUUUGGCCUUGCAGUGGCGGGGACAAGCGCCGUCACCUGCGUCAUCAUCAUCACCAGGGGACGAUGGUGGUGGCGCCGUCAGCGUUGGUCUGGGUAUCAGCCGCCCUCCUCCGCCGACGGUGUGCAACACGGCUAUCCUCAAGGCUAUGGGCAAAGCCGGCAAGGUGGAUGAGGCGAUUGCCUGGCUCGGGGACACCUACGACGCCGCCACCGCCGCCGCCGCCUCCGCCACCGCCGCCUCUGGGGCGGGCUGGGAGGUGGGGGUCAGCGCUGUCGGUGCUGCGGGAGAUGGAUCGCGCCGGGGUUACCCCGGAGACCGUCGCGUUCAACACUGCUCUCGCGGGUACGUUGCUUCGAGCGAAGGGGAGAAGGUACGGAAGCCUACCGCAACGAAUAUGGUCCAACCGCGAUUUGAUUCCGAUCACGCUCCUGAUCACGACUGCAAAAACCGUUUGCCAGCGUUCGAGCACCGCGCUCACUCUGGCGGUAGCAGCAGCGGUGGUGGCGCUGCCAAGAGAGAGCCGCCCCGCUGGCCCAUGGCGCUAGAGCUCCUCGCCGACAUGGAGAGACGCGGCGUGGAGCCGGACGUGGUGACGUACAACAGCUUGAUCAACGUCUUGCGCUGGGGGGGGCAGCGGGACAGGGCGCUCGAGAUCUUGGACGGCAUGAACGCGAAGGGGGGGGCGGGGGGAGUACGUCCCGACGUCAUCACGUACAACAGUGCGAUCGCCGCGUGUGCCUCGGGCGGCGAGUGGAAGAAGGCGAGCCAGUUGAUCGGGGAGAUGCGCCGCAAGGGGCUCAAGCCCGACCGCUACAGCUACACCAGUGCCAUACACGCCUGUUCAAAGGCCGGAAACCCCGAAGAGGCGCUGCGACUGCUGAGGGCAAUGGAGGCCAGCAAUGUGGUUCCCGAUGUAAUCGCCAUGACGGCGUGCAUGGAUGCCCUGGCGGCAGGCGGAAAGUGGUCGGAGGCGAUCACGAUUCUGGACGAGAUGCGAUCCAAGGGGGUGACUCCCAACGAGAGGACCUACAAGGCGGCGAUACAGGCAUGCGGACGGGGAGGGCAGUGGCAGCGCGCGCUGGAGCUCCUGUCUCGCCUCGAGAAUCGGGCAUCCGGGGCGACAGUCCAGGAGUACAAUUGCGCCAUGAUGGCGUGUGUAACCGGGGGCGAGCCUGGGCGAGCGCUAGCCCUGUUGGAGCAGAUGAAGGCCAACGAGGGCGGUGUAAACGCGGGGCCCGAUAUGGUAACCUACACAAGCGCGAUCAUGGCCUGCAGUUCAACCGGCAAGUGGGACAGAGCGCUGUCCUUGCUGGACGAAAUGCGUGAAGCCGGGCCCCGCACUCAGCCGAACAUCCGCAGCUACACCGCGGCCAUCGCGGCGUGCGGACGGGCAAGGAAGUGGGAGGAGGCGGUGGCUCUGCACUCGAAGCUCUUGGAGGAGGGAAUGUCGCCCGACCCUGCCAGCUUCAACGCCGUCAUACGCGCUGCGAGGCGCGGGGGGCAGCACAAGCUGUCGAUGAAACUGCUGGCAUCCAUGGUCGAGGCCGGCCUCACGCCGGACGCGGUGACUGUCGGAGAGCUCAUCUCUUCCCUCUCUGACCGAGGGAGGUGGGACGAAGCCCAGCGCGUCGUGGAGAUCGCGGAAAAGACGGGAGCCAUCCCGGCCUCGUCCCUGGACAGCGACUUCGAGGUGGACGUGAGCCACCUGCCACCUGCGAUCGCCAAAGUCAAGGUACGAGGCACCCUGCAAAGAAUUCUCGACGUCUGGCGGGAAAGCAGUGGCAACGCCGAAGGCGGCGGAGCUACCUCCAGUCCUCUCGAGGACCUCAUUUUCGUGACCGGCACGGGGACUGUCAAGAAUCCCCCCCCCGCCCCCGACACCGCCGCUCCAUGGGCUGGUGACGUCAUCGACGACGAUGGUAGCGCUGGCGACGGUGAUAUCGUUAUCGAUGUUACCGUCGCCGAAGACACGUCAACCACAAGCACCGGGAGCGCCAGGGCCGAACCAACAGCGACAAGCUCUGCCUCCGUGGAGACAAUGGGAACAGCGGCUUCAGGCGCCGCCGCUGGUCGAGGAGGGUGGCGAGUGGCCCGAUUUUCGGACCGCAGUUUCGGUCUUGGGCGGGUGUUGGUUGAACACCUCAGGACGGCGUUUGAUCCCCCGCUUAAGGCGCAACCGAGGGAGUCUGUGGCCGGGUGUCUGGUGGUCAAGGUGGAAGACCUGGAGACGUGGGCAGCAGCGCAAGAGGGGGGGGGGUCAUUGUAG